GAAAGCGUCAGGGCACCGCCAGAGGCAGUCGAUCUGGCUUCCGCAACUUAGAGAGAGAGAGAGAGAGAAAAUCAACAAGAUUUUUCAAGUGAAAUGUGAAACGACUUCAGAGCAAAGCAGGAGCGUCCUCAUUCUGGGUUAAAAUCUUCCCCUUUAAGCCCCCUCCUCCCGUGUUCUGUGUGGGGCGGGUAACGUGUAUUUAUUUAAGGUGCCUGGGUGCUGCAAUGUUGGAUGGAAGUGGGAACCGUGUGACACCCCAGGGCUUGCUGUACAAGGACCUGUCGCAUUUUGUCAACGCGGAUGGCAAUUACAUUUUCUGCAGAUACUGGGAGCCUCCAGAGCCGCCCAGGGCGUUAGUGAUGAUCAUACACGGUGCAGGAGAACACAGUGGACGCUAUGCAGAAGUUGUUUCAAUGCUAACAAAGCAAUCCCUGUUUGUAUUUUCACAUGAUCACAUUGGCCAUGGGCAGAGUGAAGGCAAGCGCAUGGUUGCAUCCGAUUUCAGAAUCUAUGUCCGGGACUGCCUGCAACAUCUUGAUCUGAUGAAGGACCGUCACCCAGGCAUGCAGAUCUUCCUGUUUGCACAUUCCAUGGGUGGAUUGAUGGCAAUCUACAUUGUGCAUGAGAGACCAGAGGACAUUGCUGGCGUGAUCUUUGUUGCACCGUUGGUGAUAUUGAAUCCCGAAGCUGCUACACCUCUAAAGGUAUUUUGUGCCAGAAUUUUGGACUACUUCUUGCCAAAUGUAGCUUUGGGAUAUAUGGAUCCACACUCUCUGUCAAGAGACGAAAAGGAGGUGAAAGACUACAUUGAUGACCCUCUCAACUACCACGGGCCGGUGAGGGUGCGAUUCGCUACCAUGCUGUUAAACGCUGUGAGCGGUGUCGAGAAGAUCUUGCCCACUAUAACAACCCAGAUAUUGCUUUUACAUGGCAAUGCAGACAAACUGUGUGACAUCAGUGGCUCCUACCUCUUCUACGAAAUCGCAGCCAGCUCAGACAAGACUCUGAAGGUCUUUGAGGGGUCUUUCCAUCAACUUCACAAGGAGCUGACCGAAGUCACUGAGGAAAUGUUUGAAUUGAUUGAAAAGUGGCUCAGUGAAAGGCUAUCCCCAGUAAAAACAUGAGCGAGGUGUGAAAAUGAGAGAGUUUACUAAUUUAAUUUAUACAGGGACUGAAUGGGAGGAUGGGUGGGAGGGGAAUAAAACCAGUUUCAAAUUAUCUGAUUAACAAAUUAAAAUCUUUUUUUACACAAAAAUAAAGUUAUUGAAUAGAUUGAUUUUUUUUUUGUGUUACUGCAUUAUAUACAGCAUUAUCUCAUUACUGUCCCACAUUUCCUCCCUGCCCCUACAUAUAAUCUCAAUUUUACAAUAACAGUUCCACAUUCAGUAUAAUUAGCAUUAUCAGCAAUCCUAUAAGCCAUUUGUUGACCCUCAUGCUGAAAUAGAACAUAUCAAAGAGAUCCUAUGAGAUAAUGGCUAUCCUCAUCUGACCAUUUCUUACUGUACAUAAUACAAGCUCACGAGAAACUUACUCUUGGUUCUGAGAAGUGCCAAAACAAGCUGUUUCGGUGCUGCUAUGCACUAACAACAUGAGAGGUUUGGGUUUGAUUCCUGGCCAAUGCGUGGCAGCCCUUUCUUGGGAGUGGCAUGGUGGCUCAGUGGUUAGCACUGCUGCCUCAUAGAGCCAGGGACCUGGGUUUGAAUCCAUCUGUGAGUUUGUGGACUUUGCACAUUCUCCGCAUUUCUGCUGGGUGCUCCGGUUUCGUCCCACAGUCCAAAAGAUUGGCUGCAUAUUUUGAGGGGGUUUGGUCUGGUCCAUAACCAUUGGCAGCCUCCAAGUAAGUUCAAAGUGACUGAACACUAAGAAAUUACAUUAUGAGCCAUAAGAUACAUCCUGUGCAGAUGUAUGAGAUUUUUUUUUUGUGUGUGUGUGUGUGCACAAAGUUACCUGGCCAGGAGCAUACAGCUGUAACUGUCUCUGAGCUCCAAAGGGAAAUCCUGAUGAAGGUUAGGGGGGAUGGUUUCCAUGGAGCACACAGGCUCAUUGUGGUGAGGACAGCGAGGUCUGAGGCCCUGAAGGAGCAAACCACCUGGUAAUAGUUUCCAUAUUUCACAUCAGAAAUUGGCACUAUUCCAUUUCUUGGGAAGGAGAGGAGAACUGGGGAUUGCAAGACCAUGAGGAAACCGUAGCUAAAAAUGAGAUAGAAAUGCAAGGAUAUCAGGACAUAGUGAGAUUCAGAACUUGCCAGUUAAACUGCUAGGGAAAAGUAAGAACUUUUCUUUCAAUGUUGAGAUUCCGAUUUUCACAAAUCUUCCUGACUUUCUGACCAUUGCCAGCACUGCUCAGGAGAGUGGGACAGCCAUGCAUAGGAACACAACUUCAUUUUUGUGGAAACCCUUUUGUUCAACCAGCACCUUUAGGGAAGAACAUCUGCUGGCCUAUACAUGACUCCAGGCCCUCAGAAAUCAAAGCUGAAAAUGCUGUGAGCAGGAAUAACAGCAUUUCUCAAGAAUGACUGCUGCGAUACUCACAUUGUGUGUAUGCAUUAAUGAUAAGCUCUCCCUUUGGAGACAAAACAGAAAUUGAUGGCAAGCUUUAGCAGGUCUGGCCUGCCUUUAGAAAUAUAGGCUGAACAAAAAUUAAACAAGCUUCUGAGGUUAGCUGCAAUUUCACUGUGACCUCAGUAGUCUUGUGUUAGAAUUCUAUUACGAAAGGACACUGUACAAAUUUCUGAAGAAGGGUCUAGGCCCAAAACGUCAGCCUUCCUGCUCCUCUGAUGCUGCUUGGCCUGUUGUAUUCAUCCAGCUGUACACCUUAUUAUCUUAGUUCAGAUUGUGUUACUGUGUAAUCUUACCAUCACUUACAGUGUGACAAUAAACAUCAUUUAACAGCUAUUAUUAAAGAAAUCUGGCCUGAGCUGAUGUGAAAGUGCCCACAUUACAACACAAUCCAACACAUGAUAUACAGGCACCGAUGUGGAGGAUUCAGUUUAUUGUAAAUAUGAAGUAAAUCAGAUUUAUUGGCGUUUGUUUAACAGUUCUGGAUUAGAGAGUACAGCAAAUAACAAUGUCAACAUGAGAAAUACGUUAAAAUGUUGAUU